AUGGCCGGAGCGACGAGGCAGAUUGGGGCGCUGCUGCUCCUGCUGUCUCUGUACAGCCUGGCGACGCCCGGACACGCGCAGCGGCAGCCCGAGCCGGUCGAGCCGUCGCUUCUCCUGCUGGCGGCCGAGGCAGACCCGCGCGCGCUCGACGGCGCCGCCACCACCGCAGCCGCCAUCCUGGUGGCCAACCGGGGUCUGCGCGUGCCGUUCGGGCGCUCCGUGUGGCUGGACCCGGCCCGGGACUUGGUCCUCCGCGUGCAGCCCGGCGACAAGUGCGUGCUGACGGUGCUGGAGAGCGGGCCUCCGCCGGCGCCUCACCGCCCCGGCGCGCUCUCCCCCAAGCGCUUCCCGUGCGCCUUCGGUCCCGGCGAGGUGAGGUAUACGCACUACGGCUCGCGCAGCCCCGGCCGCGACCGCCUCAGCCUGCAGCUGCGCUACGACUCGCCCAGCCGCACCCUCGUCGCGCCCUUCACGCUCGAGGCCGAGGUGCUCUCGCAGCAGCUGCGCCUGCUCAGCCGCAACCUGCCGCUCACCGUGGAGAAGCUGCGCGGCCUCAGCCCGCCACUCGACGCCAAAGUGCUGGCCUUCGCCGAGCCCGGGGAUCCCGCUCGCCGCUGCCGCCUCACCACGCUGCCUUUCCCCGCGGGCAGCGGCAACCACCUGCCCGCCUACGGGCGCCUCGUGGACUCGCGCGGCCGCCCCCUGCCGGCGGGCUACAGCAACGAGUGCGGCCGCUUCCUCGACGACGGGAUCCGCUACGAGCACACGGCCACCACGCCGUCGCCCAACCGCGACUACAUCCCCAUGCGGGUGGAGCUGCUGCAGCAGGACGGCGGCGACGACUCCGCGGAGAACCCCGGCGAAGUGGAGUAUUUCCAGGUGGUGGUUCGCAUCCGGGAAGGCGCCGAGAACACCCCGCCCAAGCCCAGCUUUGUGGCUUUGCUCAUGAUGGAGGUGGACCAGUUUGUGCUCACCGCCAUCACCCCCGACAUGUUGGCUGCUGAGGACUUGGAGAGCCCAUCUGACCUCCUGCUCUUCAACCUCACCUCGCCCUGGCCCAGUGCAGGUGGGCUCGACAGGGGAGCAAGCGAUGAUCCCCACUUGCGGGGUUAUUUGAUCAGCACUGAUGACCCCAGCCGGCCACUCACUUCCUUCACCCAGCAAGAAGUGAGGGAGCUGAAGAUCGCCUACCAGCCCCCCACAGUGGACUCUGACCACGAGCGGCUCUUCCAGCUGGAGAUGGAGGUAUUGGACCCUGAGGGUGCCUCCUCAGAGCCGUUUGCCUUCAUGGUGGUGGUGAAGCCUAUGAACACAUUGGCCCCAGUGGCUGUUUUUAACCGAGUUGCUGGGCCUCAGAUGAUGCUUUUUGAAGGCCAGUCAAGGCCACUUUCUGACAAUCUUGAAAUCAGUGACGAGGACAACCUGGAUGAGGUGAAGGUAUGGGUUACAAGAGGGCUGAAACAUGGUGAACUCAGGGUUUUGGGUGUGCCACCUGGCCGCCAGUUUUUUACUGCAGCAGAGUUGGGGGCUGGUCAGGUGAUCUAUCAGCAUGAUGGCAAUGAGCACAGCUACAGCGAUAACAUUGUAUUCCGCAUGGGGGAUGGACGACACCAGGUGGAGUUUCUUUAUCCAAUCACUAUUGCCCCAGAUGAUGACCAGCCGCCCAUCCUCAAUGCUAACACUGGCUUGGUCCUAAGUGAGCACCAGCUGGUCCAGAUCUCUCCCUUUGUCCUCAGUGCUACUGACAUAGACUCUGAAGACUCAACCAUUCGAUUUGUGCUUAAGGAGAUUGAAGGAUCUCCAGAUACACCCACCCAUCAACGUCUUGGUGAGCUUCUGCUGCGUCAGGCAGAGAUUCCAGUUUCUUAUGAAAAGGAGGAGGAUGUGGUGGGAGAUCAUAGUGGGACAUCCUCCUGGCACUUUGUGGAGAGUGAAGGUGUGUAUGAGAAGAAGGUGACUGAAUGGCUGCAACAGGACAUCUUGGAUGGAAAGUUGUUCUACAGACACACAGGGCCUCAUAACACCAAUCUAGUGAUGGACCAGUUUGCAUUCUAUUUCCAGGAUGAUAAUGACCCCCCAAAUCAAUCUGAUGAGCAGGUGUUCAUCAUCAAGGUUCAACCAGUAGACAACCUGCCCCCAGAAUUGUAUCCAGGAACCACCUUGCAGAUGACUGUUCUUGAAUAUCAGGUGACCCAUUUCCGAAAGCACUGCCUGCGAUACACCGAUUUGGAUGCAGAUGACAGGGAGUUGAGAUACAUUUUGCUCACACCACCAACUGACACUGACGAAAACCACCCCGUACUGGCUGGAGAGAUUGUGUUGACUGACAACCCUUUAAUGUCCAUUACACAUUUCACUCAAGCACAAAUAAAUCACCACAAGGUGGCAUAUAAGCCACCAGCCCAGGAACUUGGGAUCACCCCAAGAGUGGUGCAGUUCACUUACAGUGUAGAAGACACGGCAGGUAAUUCUGUGCCAGGCACCUUCACGCUAUUCCUUCAGCCAGUGGACAAUCAGCCCCCUCAAAUCACCAACGCUGGCUUCACUGUGUCUGAGGGGGGCAGCUUUCUUGUCACCAGCAGUCAGCUAGAUGCCACUGAUAAGGAUACAGACACAGACAGGAUUGUCUUCACCUUAACUGAGGCACCUCAGCAUGGCCAUCUGCGCUACCUGGAGGAGGGGUUGAUGGUACAGGGUGAAUCAUUUCUGUUAGAUGACAUUGCUAAUGGUCGCAUAUCCUACCAGCAUAGCGGUGAUGAGCACACAAGUGAUUCCUUCCAGCUGGAAGUGAGUGAUGGGGUCCAUCAAGUGCCAAUCACUGUUAAGAUCGCUGUUCAGCCCGUGGAUGAUGAGCGUCCUAGCAUCACUCUCCCUGGUAGUAAUGGACUUUUGGGGGCCUUUAUUGAUGUGCUGGAAAAUAGUGCCACUGAAAUUACUACUUCUCUUAUCCAGGGGACAGAUGAGGACACUGAUGAACUGGCCUUAACAUUUAUUGUGGAGGACCCCCCCAAACUAGGCGAUAUUUUAGUGGAUGGGGUGCCCUCUAAGAGAUUCACCCAGCAGGACCUCAUAAGUGGGACAGUAGUCUAUGCUCACACUGGUGGGGAGAUUGGUAUGAAAAAGCGGUCUGACGCUUUUAAUCUUACUAUUUCGGACCUCUCCAGUGAGUGGGUGGUGGGAGGCAGCACAGUGGAAGGAGUGCGUGUUAAUGUGACUAUUUUGCCAGUGGAUAGCAUUGCUCCUGAGGUUAUGGUGGGGGAAGAACCAUUCACUGUUUAUGAGGGAGGAAAAAAUGUUUUAAGCUUGCAGCUGCUGGAUGUGGCAGAUGUAGACACCCCUGGAGAUGACAUUCUGUGUACCAUCCUAAUUCAAACCACUUCUGGUUACCUGGAGAAUAUCUCUCCAGCCCUUGGGUCUGAAAAAUCCAGGGCUGGGACUCCUAUUAGUGCUUUUUCCAUCAAGGAUAUUCGUCUUGGGCACAUCAACUAUGUGCAGAGCAUUCACAAAGGGGUAGAACCACUGGAGGACAGAUUCACUUUCCAUUGCUCUGAUGGUAUCAACUUCUCACCACACCAGUUCUUUCCCAUUGUCAUUAUCCCAACUAACGAUGAGAAGCCUGAACUGUUUGUACGUGAGUUUGUGGUGCUGGAAGGGAUGAGCUUGGUGAUUGACACUCCCAUUCUGAAUGGUGCUGAUGGUGAUAUCCCUCCAGAUGAGUUGCGCUUCUUUAUAACUGUUCCUCCUAAGCAUGGGCAGAUUGUUAACCAGCUAACCACUGGUACUGUGUCUGUACACAAUUUCACCCUGGAAGAAAUCCGUGAGGCAUCCAGCAUUGUGUAUGAGCAUGAUGACUCGGAGACUAAAGAGGACACUUUCAAAAUCCAACUGACUGAUGGCCUACACACCGUGGAGCAAGAAGUGUUAAUUAUGGUCAUCUUAGUGGAUGAUGAGACACCCAGGAUGUCUAUCAAUGAUGGACUAGAAGUGGAUAUUGGUGAGUCCAAAGUUAUCACUAAUCGGGACCUCAAGGCCACCGAUAUAGAUUCAGAGGACAAGACGCUUACAUAUGUUAUUCGCUUAGUACCCAGGCAUGGCCUUCUGCAGCGCAUGAGCAAAGAAGGAGAGGUGUUAGGCAACAUUACACUGGGCAUGAAUUUCACACAGGAUGACAUAGACCAAGGUUGUAUUCAAUAUAUUCACACUGGCCAACAAGGAGUCCGGGACUUAGUUAAGUUUGAUGUCACUGAUGGCAUAAAUCCUUUGAUAGACAGAUAUUUCUACAUUACCAUCAGUAGUAUUGAUAUGGUCUUCCCUGAGGUGAUCAAUAAAGGAGUGACUCUGAAAGAAGGUGGGAAAGUGACACUCACUACUGACCUCCUCAGCACAAGUGACAUUAACAGCCCAGAUGAGCAUCUCCAAUUCAGUAUCACCCGUGCCCCAAGCAGAGGUCAUUUGGAGAACUCUGACAGCCCUGGUGUUCCUGUCACUACCUUCACUCAGCUCCAGCUAGCUGGAAACAAGAUUUAUUACAUCCACACUGCAGAGGAUGAGGUGAAGAUGGAUAGCUUUGAGUUUGAAGUGACAGAUGGCUAUAAUCCAGUCUUCCGCACUUUCAGAGUCUCCAUUACCGAUGUGGACAAUAAGAAGCCAGUUCUAACUGUCCAUGACCUGAACAUUCAGGAAGGGGAAACCAAACUGAUCACCCCAUUUGAGCUUAAUGUAGAUGAUCGGGACACACCUGACCAUCUACUCCGUUUCAUAAUUACCCAAGUCCCUGUACAUGGUCAGAUUAUUUACAACAAUAGCUACCCUGUGACCAGCUUCACUAAACAAGACUUAAAUGAGAACUUGAUCAACUAUAGACAUGAUGGCACAGAAACAACUCACGAUAGCUUCUCUUUUACUGUUACUGAUGGGACCCACUCAGACUUCUAUGUUUUUCCUGACACCAUCGUUGAAACACGUCACCCGCAGACGAUGAAGAUCCAAAUCAAUUCCCUGGACAAUGGGGUGCCACAGAUAGUAGUGAAUAAGGGUGCCUCAACUCUGAGAAAUAUUCCAACUGGGCACCUUGGCUUCUUGAUCACUAGCAAAUCCCUGAAGGCAGAAGACAGAGACAGCUCACACAAAUUGCUGAAAUACAAAAUCACAGAUGGGCCAAAGCAUGGACUUCUCAUUCAUAUUGGCCUAGGAAAUGGAAGUGUUAAAGCCUUUACUCAAGCUGAUAUUGAUGACAUGAAGAUCUGCUAUGUCUUGAGGGAAGGUGACAAUGCAACUAGUGACAUGUUCUACUUCUCUAUUGAAGACAGUGGAGGAAACAAGUUGAGGAGCCAACCUUUCCGUCUGAACUGGGCUUGGAUUUCUCUGGAAAAAGAAUAUUAUGUUGUAGACGAGGAUUCAAGGGUUCUGGAAGUAACACUCAAGCGGAGAGGAUAUCUGGGGGAGACAUCAUUUGUUAGCAUUGGGACUAGAGAUGGAACAGCAGAAAAGGAUAAAGAUUUCAAAGGAAAAGCCCAGAAACAGGUUCAGUUCAACCCGGGGCAGACAGUGGCUACAUGGAGAGUAAGAAUAAUAGUAGACAAUGAAUACGAGGAAUCAGAGCUAUUCCAGAUUGUUUUGUCAGAUCCAGUUAUGGCUGCCCUGGAAUUUCCAGAACGGGCAACGGUGGAAAUUGUGGAUCCAGGUGAUGAAUCUACCGUGUACAUUCCUGGGUCAGAGUAUAGAAUAGAAGAAGAUAUUGGUGAGCUGCUAAUUCCUGUCAGGAGAUCUGGAGAUGCCAGCCAUGAAUUAAUGGUCAUUUGUUCCACACAUCAAGGAUCUGCCACAGGCACGAUUCCCUCCACUGUCUUGUCUUACUCAGACUAUAUUUCUCGUCCUGAAGACCAUACUAGCCUCAUUCGCUUUGACAAGGAUGAGACAGAGAAAACCUGCCGUGUCAUCAUUAUUGAUGAUUCGCUUUAUGAGGAAGAUGAAACUUUCAACGUCACAUUAAGUAUGCCAAUGGGUGGACAAAUUGGAACGGAAUUCCCCAGCACAAAAGUAACCAUUUUAGCUGACAGAGAUGAUGAACCCGCUUUUUACUUUGGUGACACAGAAUAUCAUGUGGCUGAGAGUGCUGGCCACAUCGAAGUUCGUGUUUGGAGAACUGGAACUGACCUGUCUAAAGCAGCCACUGUCACUGUGCGCUCCAGGAAAACAGAACCAUUAUCUGCAGAAGCUGGAGUUGAUUACGUUGGCAUCAGCCGAAACCUGGAUUUUGUACCUGGUGUAAAUAUGCAGACCUUCCGUGUGACCAUCUUGGAUGAUUUAGGACAGCCUGUACUUGAGGGACCAGAAAAGUUUGAACUUGUUCUCCGAAUGCCCAUGAAUGCAGUGCUUGGGGAACCAAGCAAAACUACCAUUUUCAUCAAUGAUACCAUCACUGAUUUACCCAAAGUCCAAUUCAAGGAACCUGUAUACACAGUGAAUGAAAAAGAUGGGCAACUGGCAGCUAUAAUUUACCGUAGUGGUGAUGUUAAUCAUAAAUCUACAGUCCGCUGCUACACCCGCCAAGGCUCUGCCCAGGUUAUGAUGGACUAUGAAGAGAGACCAAACACUGAUGACUCUGUAGUGGUCUUCCUCCCAGGAGAGAUUGAGAAGCCGUGUGUGGUGGUCCUUGAAGAUGAUGCCAUCUAUGAAGAGGAGGAAGAGUUCAGACUGGUGCUUGGAACACCUAAAAGCACUUCAACAUUUGGUGCCUCUGUUGGGGAACAAAAAGAAACUUUGGUGAAGAUUAAAGAUGAAGAAGACAAACCAGUGAUUAAGUUCUCCGAAAUCAAAUAUAGCAUUCAAGAACCUCAAGAGCCUGGGGAGAUUGCAGUUGUAAAGAUUCCAGUCUUGCGUGUGGGGGACAGUUCCAAAGUUUCGAUUGUGAGAAUCCAUACUAAAGAUGGUUCAGCUACCUCUGGAGAAGACUAUAAUCCAAUGUCUGAUGAUAUUGAAUUCAAAGAAGGAGAAACAGAGCACUUUGUCGAGGUUGAAGUUUUGUAUGAUGGAGUGAGAGAAAUGCGUGAAGCAUUCACAGUGCACUUGAAACCAGAUGAGAAUAUGGUAGCUGAGACACAGGUGAACAAAGCUAUUGUGUACAUUGAAGAAAUGGACAGUGUGGCAGAUGUGACUUUCCCAGCUGUGCCCCAGGUUGUCUCACUCUUGCUGUAUGACGACACUGCUAAAAGCAAAGGAAACCCCCAGCCUCCAACUGGCUACCCUGUUGUGUGUGUAACGGCAUGCAACCCCAAAUAUUCAGAUUAUGACAAGACUGGGUCUAUUUGUGCUGCUGAAAACAUCAAUGACACGCUGACCUCGUAUCGCUGGCUUGUCAGCGCUCCAAGUGGCAGUGAUGGGGUUACCAGUCCCAUGCGAGAAGUGGACUCCAACACUUUCUUCACCAACACCAAGUCCAUUGCCUUGGACUCCAUAUAUUUCCAGGCCGGUUCAAGGGUCCAGUGUGCAGCACGUGCUGUCAAUGCCAAUGGAGAUGUGGGUUUAGAAUUACUGAGCCCAAUUUACACAAUAAACAGAGGAGAAGGCUUGUGUCAGCCCCGUAUACCAGGAACAGUCGGAGCAGAACCUUUCUCAGCCAGAAUACGUUACACAGGUCCUGAUGAUCCUGACUAUUCCAACCUGAUCAAAUUAACAGUUACAAUGCCUCAUAUGGAUGGGAUGUUGCCAGUUAUAUCAACUAGACCUUUGUCCAACUUUGAGCUGACUCUUAGUCCUGAUGGCACUCGUGUAGGCAAUCACAAGUGCUCAAACCUCUUGGAUUAUAACGAAAUUGAGACAACUUACGGAUUCAUCACAGAGGACACCAAGAACCCAGAAGUGAUUGGAGAAACUUCACCCUACCAGUACAGCAGCGCUGUGCGAUCUGCCAAGACCUUGCGUUUCUACCGUAACCUCAAUCUGGAGGCCUGCCUGUGGGAGUUUAACAGCUACUAUGACAUGUCAGAACUGCUGACUGAUUGCAGUGGCUCCAUUGGCACAGAUGGUCAGGUGUUAAAUCUGGUCCAGUCUUAUGUGACUCUGCGAGUGCCCCUGUAUGUCUCCUACGUCUUCCAUUCCCCGGCUGCUGUUGGAGGCUGGCAGCACUUUGACUUGCAGUCUGAGCUCAGGCUCACCUUUGUGUAUGAUACUGCCAUUCUUUGGAAGGACGGCAUAGGAAGCCCACCAGAAGCUGAACUCCAAGGCUCCCUCUACCCAACCAGCAUGCAGAUCAAUGAUGAAGGGAGGCUUGUCGUCUACUUCAGGACUGAGAUUCGGUUCAGAGGGCAAUUUGUAAUGUCCCACCAAGGUACUUCUUUGUCGUCAAUGGUGAUGUCUGCUGAUCACCCUGGCCUCACAUUUACACUCAGCCUUUCUCAAAGUGAACAAACCUUCCACCAGCCUAUGCAGCAAUGGAAAUUUGUCUCAGAUUUUGCUGUACGUGACUAUUCGGGUACUUACACUGUGAAACUUAUCCCCUGUAUUGCUGCACCCAGCCAAGAAUAUACCCAGCCUGUCAUUUGUAGCCCCCGGGAACCAAUCACCUUUGAUCUAGACAUCAGGUUCCAGCAGGUCAGUGACCCGGUAGCAGCUGAAUUCAGUCUAAACACCCAAAUGUUCCUGUUGUCGAAGAAGGACCUCUGGCUAUCUGAUGGCUCCAUGGGAUUUGGAGAAGGAACAGAUGUUGCAUUCACAGAAGGCUCUGAAAUCUAUGGUCGUGUCAUGGUGGAUCCUGUCCAGAAUUUAGGAGAUUCUUUCAUCUGUAACAUUGAGAAGGUGUUUUUGUGCACUGGAGCUGACGGGUAUGUCCCCAAGUACAGUCCAGAUAACAAGGAAUAUGGUUGCCUAGCAGACUCCCCUUCCCUCUUAUACAGAUUCAAGAUUCUGGAUAAAGCUCAGCCUGAUACCCAGGCAAAAGUGUUUGGAAAUAUGGCCUUCCAUGCAAAACUCGCUGUUGAUCACAUAGAUGGUUAUCCUUUGGUAAAGCAGCCAGGGUCUGAUGGAUUCAGCAUGUUGUCGACUCCACUCUUCCAGGUAGCAGCAGGUCGAGAAUGGUACAUCCACACUAUCUACAUGGUUCGGUCACGUGAGAAUGCCCACAGAGGCCUUGGAAAGAGAAGUGUUGAGUACCACCACUUUUUAUCUUCAGCCAGUGGAAUCCCAGGUGCUACGUAUUCUGGGCGCAGUCGGAGAGCCAUCUCAGAUGCUCCUACGCUUGCACAAGAUAUCAGUGCAGAUAAGAAUCGAGGCACCAACAUCCAGCACAUAGCUCUUGACCGGUCUAACAAAAUUGUUAUUGAGCAGAAAGAUUGGUCCCCGCCCGGUAAACCAUACGAGAAGCCAGUCCUGGAAAUUACUGGAAGCGACAUGGAAGACAGGAUUGUACCUAUUGUCGGAGGUGCAGCUGGGCUGCUGCUUCUGAUCAGCACAGUUUUGAUUAUCAUCUUCCUAUUGAAGAGAAAGGGACGUUCUACUAAUGGGAAAGCAAAUUCCUGCACCGGCUAUUCCAGCAGUAAUGAAACUGUGACCACGCAGCACAGCAGCAGUGAUAGCUCUGAAGUUUAAUUACAUCACAAAGGUGAGGGUUGUCGUUUGAAGAUACUUCAUUUCAUCAUAAAAACUGGUAUUGGGGGGCUGUGUUUGCACAGACUUGGGAGCUGCCGUGUUGGUGCUAGGUUGUAUGAGAUUACAGCAUACAAAAAGUGUAGCAAACAAGAUGAAGUGUGUAGAAGUGUGAGUGCUUUAUUUAUAACUUAACUUCCUCCCCACCUACCCAGGAAAACAGGAUGGAUUCCUGGAAUAAACUUAGCUUUCCCUCUUUCUUCUUCAAAUGGUGCUAAAAAAAAUAAAUCAUCAGCUAGCAGCUAUUAAUGUGCCUUGCCUACCAUCAUGAAAGCCUGGUGCUCCUCAAAGGGAUAUUGAGUUCCUUUUUGUUUACCCAGUAACUUGUAUGAUGUCUAGUUAUACCCGUCUUGUAUAUGGAAAGGAGUGGUGUGAGGAAGAAUGAGAGAAGGGGUCAGAUUUUAAUGAGAUAGGGUAGAAGAAAAGUAUAUGUAAUUAAAUCUCAGAGCAGAAUUGUACUGUCCGAGUGGCUG